CCCAGCGAAUAAAAUACCAAUACUCUCCCCUAAAUUAAAGAUAACAUUUUCUAAAGCAUAAAAAAUCUUAUAGGGAAAAAGUCAUGUUAGACUAAUUAAUACACAAUUGGCUAAUCUAUGGCCAUUGAUUAGAAAUUAAUUGAUAAUAUAUCAUAAUUUUUUAAAGUUUCUAAUAAUUUAACAAAAUGAGAGCUAGAAAAACUGUGCUCUCCCAGUUAGAGAUUAAAUUGACAUUAUUCAAUUCACUUGUCAAAAUUUUUUAAGGCAUAGAAAGAUUUUCACAGCAAAAAAAUUGUAAGAAAAAAAUACGGAAAAUUUUUCACAGCUUUUGUUAUAAUAAGAAACAAAAAAUUUUAUGAAAACAAUUGUUAAAUAUCCAAAUCAAAUGGUAGUAAUUGAAGCAUAUUUGUGAAUAAUAAAUACGUAAAAAUUAAGUUGAAGAAAAGAUGAACAAAUUAUUAAUGACUUUGUAAAGUAAAGAAAAAAUCCCAAUUGGAGAGUGAGAGUUGUGUGAAAUAGAAAAAAGUGACAUACUCUAGUAGUGGAAGUAAAACACAAAAAAAAAAUUGCAAUUUUUUACUGACUGGUUGAUUUUUAUUUUUUUACUACUCGUGUAUGGAACGCAAAUUAGUAGUACGUGGCGUUAAAAUAUAAAAUUUGUGUUUUUCGUUUUAAUUUCUUUAUUUUUUCUUAAUUUGUUUGUAUUUAAUUUGGUUGAACGAGAAAAAUUCUAAAAAAAAGUAAAUCUUCGAAUUGCUGUCUCAAAAAUUUGGCUGACCAGAAAAGAAAAAAUUAUUUAUUGUUUUUACUUCGAGGAGGAGAAAGUAAAGAGAAUAUCAAUCAACCAAAACUCAUCUGUAUAAAAAUAUAAUAAUUCAAGUGAAUAAAUUUGUCCAAAAAGCAGAAAUUAUUACGAAAAGUAAAACAAUUAAAAAAGGAAUAUAAAUAAACGUAAACACGAGACGAGAGUAUAAUAAUUGAGUGCUGAGCUGGUGGAGUGAUAAUGACAGAUGUUUCCGUAGCUACUAAAGUGACACCCGGCAACGACAACGAAAAUGACAAUGACCCGGAGAUGAAAGGUUGGCUUCUCAAGUGGACCAAUUACUUGAAAGGCUAUCAAAAACGCUGGUUCGUAUUAUCCAAGGGUGUUCUCAGUUACUAUCGCAAUCAGGCCGAAAUGAAUCAUACAUGUCGCGGUACCAUCUCUUUACACGGUGCUCUUAUUCACACCGUUGACUCGUGUACUUUUGUUGUCUCAAACGGAGGCACUCAAACAUUUCACAUCAAGACUGCCAACGAGGUAGAACGUCAAUCAUGGGUCACUGCUCUGGAGCUGGCCAAAGUAAAGGCCAUUCGGGCUAUGGAAAGUGAGGAGGAAGAAGAGAAGGAAACCUAUCAAGUGGUGCCCAGUCAAGAGAUCACAACUGUAGUGCGCGACCUAACCGAUCGUUUAGAGAGUCUACGCACCUGCUACGAUUUGAUUAAUAAACACGGAGUCGCUCUUCAGGGUGCUCUCAACGAAAUGAAAUCAAUAAAUUUGGCUGCUAGCGAUGAAGAGACCGUCAACAGUCGCAUUAAAAUUGUCAAUGAGCGUGCUACACUAUUUCGCAUAACGGCAAAAGCAAUGAUUAACGCAUGCAAUGAUUAUUUACGUUCGGCCGAAUCGCAGGGUCACAAGUGGUCGAAAGCCCUACAGCAUGAACGCGAGGCGCGUCAACGUCUAGAAGAGAUCGUCGAACAGUUGGCUAAGCAACAUACCCAACUGGAACAAGCCGCCAGUUUGGUGCAACACAAUAAGGUAGUUCCAAAUCCUCCGCCAGCUGUUCCCCAAAUAUGUGAUGCAGACAUGCAGCAGAACUGCAAUUUUGCCUCCGAUGAUGAAACAGAAUUUUUCGAUGCCGAAGGCUCGGCCACCAACAAUGAAAAUGAGGAGGACUCGCCACAGAAUGGCUCCGAUAGUGGUACAUUCAUUUUGAAAAUGCCUAAUUCCAUCACCAAUAAGCAACAGCAAACUGAGGUCUAUAGUAGCAGCAGUUCUUCAGAAGCCGAUAUGACAGUCUUGCGUUCGUUACCGCAGCAGGUCUGCGUCUUGGAGGAGAGAAAAUCAAUGGAUUCACCCGAUGUGGCUGCACCGGCAGGUGGGGAUCCACGCAAGGUUUCUACAACAGGUAAUAACACCUCCACUGGUGGUCAAGGUGAUGGUUCCGCAUCAUCUAAUCAUCCUAAUAAUCCUCAUAAUCCAGGUGAGGGCUUUGGGGGUGCUGCUGGUAGUGGUUUCGGAGGUGACGGUGGUGGAGGUGGAAGGGACCCCAAUAGACCCGGCGGCAGUCCCAAAGCUUCUGAAGAUGCCAGCUCAUCAAAAGUCGUGCGUCAACGACGCACUCGUGUCCCCGACAAACCCCAUUAUCCUCUCAAUCUAUGGUCUAUAAUGAAGAAUUGUAUUGGCAAAGAAUUGUCCAAAAUACCCAUGCCCGUCAAUUUCAACGAACCCUUGUCCAUGUUGCAACGCCUCACCGAGGACUAUGAAUACUCGGAAAUUUUGGAUGCUGCUGCCCGUUGCACAGACGAAUGUGAACAAUUAGCCUACUUGGCUGCGUUCACGGUAACAGCCUACGCCACAACGACCAAUCGUACGGGCAAACCCUUUAAUCCUCUCUUGGGUGAGACCUACGAAUGUGAUCGUAUGGAUGAUUUAGGUUGGCGUUGCAUUGCCGAACAAGUUUCUCAUCAUCCACCCAUGGCGGCCAUACAUUGUGAGGGUCGUAAAUGGAAAUGUUGGCAGGAAUUCACAAUGACUAGUAAAUUUCGUGGAAAGUAUUUGCAGAUUAUACCAUUGGGUAGUGCGUAUUGUCAGUUUCCGGCAACCGAUCACAAAUAUACAUGGCGCAAAGUAACAACAACUGUAAAUAAUAUAAUCGUGGGUAAACUAUGGGUCGAUCAACAUGGUGAAAUGGAAAUAACGGGCUUAAAUGCCGCCGCAGGUCUAAAGUGUAUGCUUAAGUAUAUACCCUACUCCUAUUUUUCACGUGAAACCCAAAGACGUGUUAAAGGUGUGGUCAUGGAUCGCAAUAACGAAGUCAAAUGGGUUAUACGUGGUGCUUGGGAUAGUAAAAUAGAAAUUGCCCCGGCUCUGUCGACUUCCGGACCACCGGAUAGUCCUGUCUAUGAGACGGGUGCGUAUAAGACAGUUUGGCAAAGACGCAUGCCAGCGCCAGAUAGUGAGAAAUAUUAUAAUUUCACACUAUUAGCGGCUCAACUUAAUGAAAUGGAGGAGGGUAUAGCACCUACAGAUUCACGUUUACGACCUGAUCAACGUUUGAUGGAAGACGGCCAGUGGGACGAAAGUAAUCGUGAAAAAUUGCGCCUCGAAGAAAAACAACGAGCUAAAAGAAAACAACGGGAAGCAGAAGCCGAGGCAGCUGCUCGCCGCGGUCAACCCUUCCCGCCCUAUACACCCGUCUGGUUUUCACAAGAACGUGAAGAGGGAACCGACAAUAUUGUGCACGUACAUACGGGUAACUAUUGGGAGCACAAGAAUAAACAAGAUUGGUCAAAAUGUCCAGAUAUUUUCUAAGCAAAUAUUCAAUAUUAUUAAAUUAACUAUUACAAAAAAAAAUUAAAACAAAACUUAAAAAAUCCAAAAAAUCAUUUAAAUUUAAAAAUGCAAAAGAAACGUAUAUUAAUUAAUAAUAAAAAGUUAUAAAAAAUAAAUAAAAACAUUUGUAGUUAAAUUAGGCCUUAAAAUAAUGAAAUAAACCAAUAAAAUGCAUAGAAUUAUUAUACAAAACUAAAUUACAAAUAACAUCCCAUACAAAUGGAAUACGCAUCAAGCAUGCAUAAUCAUGUUUCAUUUGUUAAACGUAUUCUAAUCAUUAAUUGAGAAUUAUAAACAAAACACUUAGAAAAAACAUAAAAAACAUCUCUCACUAUUGUGUUACAUUUUUCCUAAUCUUCUUCCACAAGCCCUCCACAAACAUAUAAUCCAUGUCUUUGCUCCUCUUGGACGACUACUACACGCCUAAAAGCUUUUGUAAUGAAAUAAACAAACAAUGACAACCGAAAAUCAGUAAUUUCAAAUGUUACAAAUUAAAAAUUACUACUAUAAUUUUAGAAAAGCUAUUACACACACACAUUUUAAGUAUAUUAAAGCCAUAUUAGGUAAAAAAGCAGAUUAAUUAUACUAUUUAUGUAUGUGUAAAACACCAAUAUUAUAUUUAAUAAAAAAAGAAGAAAAAAAGAAAAGAAAUAAAUCACAGCAUAAAAACAUUUAAAAAAUAAAUAUGAUUCUAUGUUAAAAAGAAAAAUAUAAAAUUAAAAAUUACUUAGUAUGAAUAUUGCAAAAUUUAAAUUAUUCAACAGUGUUAUAAAGAGAUAAUAAAUAAAGUACUAAAAAACAUUCAAAAUUAUAAAUUUCGGAAAUGAUUAGCUGCUUAAUCUGGAAUUUCCUUAAAAAAGCUUAACUUAUAGCAAAAAAUUAAAAAAAAAAAAAAUUAAAUAAUAAUAUGGAUAUAAUAAAAUUAGUGGUACUUUUAUUUUUUGAAAUGAGCGGCAGACACGUAAUCAAUUUGUUAAUUCGUUCGAACAUAUUACAAAAAUAUUCAAACUCGGACAUAUUUUGUAAUUUGAUAAGAAAAUUAUAGUUUGCAAACUUUUAAAUUUAAUUUUUAUUUGAUAAUAUUCUGUAACCUAGCAAUAUAGGCAGGAUAUUAGCCAUAAAUCCCUUUUGAUUAUUUUUAUUUUAAUAUCCCUAAAUGUUGGAGAUAUUUUUACAGCAAAGCCAUUUAUUGAAGGAGAACUUUUAAUUACAAAAUUUUAGAAAAUAUAGAAAUUGUUUAAUAUACGAAAACGCGAGACUAAAGGUGCGUUCACUUAUCAAAUGUAAUGUAAGCCCAACCAAUUUGGUGGUGUUUGGCAACGAGUUCGACGUGAAUGGGAGAGUAUUCCAAGUAAGGUAUUGAAGAAUUGGUAGAAAGUAGUUAUGCUAAAACGAACAAUAGUAAUUUAUUUGAUAUCCGACUUUGGGAAAAAUAUAUUUCGUGACGAGCAAAACUGAGUACAUGCGAUUUAUUUUAGUUUUGUUUUUUUUUUUUGUUUAGUAUAUACAUAUGUAUAUUCUGGGCCCUCGUACGAUUCUAAGACGAUCUAGCUAUAUCCGUCCGUCUGUCUGUUAUUGGCAGGAUAGCGUCCACAAAAAUAAAAAAAGGUGACAUUUUGCCAAAAUACACUUUAUUGAUCAGAAAAUUUUGGUAUUGGAAAUAAGCAAAAUCGGUCCACGUUUUUACAUAGCUCCCAUUCAAAUAUGCCACCGAAAUAUUAUAUAAAAAGGUUUAAACAUUCUUAAAUUAGCCGCCAGAUUUUAAAUUAUUAUAUUCCCUUUUAAAAAUCAAAUACUACCCUGAUGUUCACAUUAUAUUAUAAUGGUCAUUUUUGGCUUGAAAAUAACUGUACAUUAUAAUUCGACACGGACAAGGUCCCCAGUAGGAAUGACUUUAACGCUCAUUACUGGCUUUAAAUACAAGUACAGAGAUGAAAUUCUACAUAAACAAGUUUUGUACGAGCCGAAAUCUUACUACCAAAUUUUAUGAGGAUCAGUCUAUAAUUGACUUACCCCAAAUAAAGACCCCUUCAGAACCAAAAUUGUUCUAACAAUGUUAUGAGGAUCGGGUCAUAAUUUAUGGUUA